GUGUGAAUCCUCCCCAGUCUCUCUUCAGCAGCAGCUUCAGCUUAAGCAGCAGAUCCGCGGAAAUGGCUUCCAACACUGCAAUGAUGGGCCACCUGCCCAACGGCGUGGGGGUUUGCACCACCAUUCCGGACAUCCUCUACGUGCCUGAAUUGAUCUUCGGAGGUCUGGUGUGGAUCCUGGUGGCGUGCACGUAUGUGGUACCAUACAACCCUCAGGGCUGGGUCAUGUUUGUCUCAGUCUUCUGCUUCGUCAUGACCUUCAUCUGGUUGGUGGUGUUCGCCUGCGGUUCCCACGGCAACUCCAGUGGCUGGGCAACUGCAGACUUUAUCUAUCACUUCAUUGCCACUGCCUUCUACCUCAGCGCCUCAGUUGCUCUGGCUAAAGUGACCAUGGACUUAAAAUCUGAUCCCUUCACUAAAGAGUACAAGCUGGAUAUCUCUGCGGUUGUUUUCUCGUAUGUAGCAACUCUGCUCUACUUCGUCCACACAAUACUGUCGGCUAUUCGAUGGAAAUCUUUCUAAACUUUUCCUCCUGACUCAACCUCACGAGAUGUGAACGGACAGAACUGAUUUUUUUAUUGCUGAACAUAAAACUGUGGCCUGCUGACAUGAUGGGAAUGCUGGAGGUCGCCAAUUUACAGUUUUUCUGCAGAAGCCUUGAAGCAACAUCUGUUUUAUUGCAGCUUCUCAGCUUGGAGAUGAACAACGUGAGCGCCCAGCUGACCCAGAUGGCUGGUUCCACACAGUUACUUUAUAAACAUAAACUGACUCAUUUAAACAGAUGUGACUAUUAACCGUAACCCAAUUUGUUCAAAUAUUUACUUCAGAAACAUUUCCAAAAUAUUUUAAACUUUUGAUCAAAGUUCCCUAAUGGUAAGGUUAAAGUUAUAUUAUAUGAUUGAAUUAUGAUGGUUUUUUUAUACAGUCUAGAAAUACCAGUACAUUAACUUGCUUAAUGUUAAAUAUAACAUUUGUUAUAUUUAUACAUAUGCAAGUAAGUUAAAUAUAAGGUUUAAUUUUUGCCAGAUGCUUCUUUUUACUGCCCAACAUGUCAAUUAAAAAUUUAUAUAUUUA